UGAUCAGCGUUACGGAACGUGAGCAGGGCCGGGCUGCAGGCAGUGCCCGGCACCCGGUGGGACUGGCCCCUCCUGAAGAGUUAACUCUUGCUGUGAGACAGGCUGCACCUGGGCAGCGGGGCUGGAGCUACCGAGCCCGACCCUCCCCUUAGCAAAGGCAAUUCAGACCUGUGGCGGCUCUCGCGUUAAGGAGCAGACCCCAGGCUGACCAGCAGCGCAGGAAACAGCUCGGCAGCACAUCUCGGAGCGGCAGAAGGUUUUCCGUUGUGCCGGCAGAUCAGAGCAGGCGGUCCCUCCGCCGGCCGCAGGUGUCACCGCAGCGCGGCUGAGGCUCCUGCGGCCGGGAGGCGCCGCCCGAGGGACGGGACACGGCGCGACACCCACCGCGCGGGUCCCCACGCGUGCGGCUUCGCCUUCGCCCGAGUCGCGAGGGGAAACUCCGCCCGGAGCGGGACCCACGUGGCACCCGGCGGCUCCUCCAGCCCCUCCGGGACCCUCCGGUUGCGGCGGCUCCUCCGGCGCCGGCGUCUUCCGGCCGCCCCGCAGGUUGUCGCCGCCCGGGCCGGCGGCUGCUCGGCCGCGCUCCCGCCCCUCCCGAGGAUGCAGCAGCAGAACGUUGCCUGGCUCUGCUGGGAGUGACCGCGGGUGACAGCGCCCUGGAGGCACCGGCUUACCGCAGAGAAGCAGAGAGAGCUGAGCCGGGGCUGAACGCGCCAUGGGAGCAAACACCUCCAGCCAGUCACCACCCCUCGAUGGAAAUGAAGAUGUCACCUUUGACCAUUUUGAAAUUUUGCGAGCUAUUGGGAAGGGAAGCUUCGGAAAAGUCUGCGUUGUGCAAAAGAACGAUACCAAGAAGAUGUAUGCCAUGAAAUACAUGAAUAAACAGAAGUGUGUGGAGCGUAAUGAAGUAAGAAAUGUUUUCAAGGAGCUGCAGAUUAUGCAGGGCCUGGAACACCCCUUCUUAGUUAAUUUAUGGUACUCCUUCCAGGAUGCGGAAGAUAUGUUCAUGGUUGUAGACCUGCUGCUCGGAGGGGACCUGCGCUACCAUCUCCAACAGAACGUGCGGUUCCAAGAGGGCACCGUGAAGCUCUUCAUCUGCGAGCUGGUGCUGGCCCUCGACUACCUCCAGAGCAGGCACAUCAUCCACAGAGACAUCAAGCCCGACAACAUUUUACUGGACGAGCAUGGCUUUCACAACUGCAAUCACAAGAUAGAUGCUAUUUGCUAACAUCAAUUUUUUAUAAUGUUCUUGAUGGAGACCAGUCACCUGAGAGUGUGAAGCACCAAAGACCUUCAGCAAUCAGACUUCAGUCCUUCAGUUUUUUAGACUUUUCUUGCCACCCAGCUCUCUCUUUGGCCCAUUGUCCUUCCCAGCUGUGAGACCUUUCCACCUGCAACUUGUCACCCUCUCAGAUUCACACCCCGAGAGGCGCCUGUGUCUGUCAUGAACUGCAGCACCUUUUUGCUGGUGUUCAUCGCCGGGGCUGCAGGAACCCUUGUGCACAUCAUCUGACCUUUGUGCAGGAGCCUCCUGCAGGUGUUGGACACACCUUGAAAUGAGUUGUCCUGCUGUGACUGCCACCAACGCAGCACAUGCCUCAUGUGUUUGGCUCUGUCACCCUGGGCAGUGACUUUCUGUAUUACCAUAUCCAUUUCAGCUAAGAAAUUAAAGAGAGCCAUAAGUAAAGUGGAAUAUCAGGCAAAUGUCUUUCUGUGCAAUAAAUAAAGCAGUUGUUCAAGACCAGAGACUUGGAUCAGGUCCCACAAUGAAACCACCCUUAGCAGAUGACCACCUUCAACAGUCAUUCCAAGCACAAAGUGGUUUCCUCCUUUAACGUUAAGUCUGUUGAUUUGGCUCGAUGACAGCACAGCUCACCUGGGAAUAAAAUAAUAUAACAGAUGGCAGCUUCCAGGAAUUGUGGCUAAUUAAUCAGGAGGUUUUGCCCAGGUCAUUUUUCUAAUAAAAUUGAAGGAAAGCCCUGUUUCAUCUCUAUUAGAGCUGAGAGGUUUUUUGCAAGAGGCUGAAGUGGCUUUGCUCGGUAUUAUUUCUUGUACUGCUGCCGAAAGGCUCUCCAGGGCCACGCUAGAUGGGUGAGUUUGUGCCGAUGCAGGCGCUGCACACGUGCCCUUUGUCUGUCUAAUCUCAGGUAAGAAAGGCACAGCGUGGUCUGUCCAAGAGCCACCGCACCCCACAGUUCCUGUUGUCUCUGCUUUCAUAGUCUUCAAAGCGUUAUCUUAGUUGAAUCUGCUGAAGCCUCAUAUUUUUUGCAUAGAAGAUGUUCUAGAAAGGUGAAGGAAUUAUGUGGUAGCAGAUGCUAAAUGUAAUGAGAAUGUUCCUUGCCAUAAUGCAGAACCGAAGGGUGGACCUGAAAGCACCAGUUCCGGGCAGCCAGGAUGGACUCUGGGCAGGACAGCGUGCCCGGGGCGGCGCUGGCUGGAAGGGGUGCGGUCGGAGGUGCUGAGCAGCGGGGAGAACACCGGCCCUGCAGGGUGACCCUCGAGCUCCGCAGCAACAGCCAGCACCUCCCCCGGGCCACCGGCGCCUGCCGCCCCGUCCGCCCGGCCUGUGACGCUGCCAUCGCUCCUCGGCCUGUUGUGCCACCCGGAGCCGCCUUCCUCAGCAUCAGUGACUUGAUUUGGUCAUUUCCCAAGUGGGCUAGUUUAUAAAACUUGUGAUCUAUUUGAAGUGAAUCGUUUAAAAGAUGCAUACAAAGAAAGGCACAUUUGUGCUUGGAAUAUCAAGUUCUUAAUAAGUCUUUAGGAUUCACAUUUAUGAAAACAGCUCCUAGGAAGUGGAAUGAGAGCUAGAGAUGAAAGAAAAAACAGUGCAAGGACGUAGAGGACAAGACAGUUGUGUGUCACUCUUUUCUCUUGGGUCCUCCCCGUGACUUGACGCCGCUGUGCGGUGGGCAGAGGGCAGCGAGCACCCGGCGGGCGCUGUAAAGUGUGUGUGUUCUCGCUGUUGAAGGUAAUGACCAAGGGAGUAUUGUCACAGUGUCUCCAUCGGCAGAAAAGCCACUUUGAUUUGGUCUCUGUGGUUAGAGGAAGCAAGAGCAGUUCAGCCACCCUCUGUUAUUGUGGAGGAGGGUGAUGAGUCUGCAAAACACAACGAACAAAACAUCUGAUGCUUUUGAUAAGGAGCCCGGCUGUGCCGGGGAUGGGCGAGUUCAGGGGCUCGCAGAGGCUGCAGGAGGCCGGGGAGAGGACCGCCCGCGUUGGAUCCGGAGAACCGGACUGAGCUUGGCUUGAGGACCCGUGCUGCUGGAAUCUUUUCUGGGAGAAAAGUUCAGUCCUCCUUCCCACCAAAUUUAGGAAGACUCAGAACAAUCAUUGCU